UUUGGUGAGUCCUAUGUUUUGAAUGACCUAAUUAUAUGGUCUGAUGAUGUAUUUGACUGUAACAGGUUCUUGAAUGCUGGGAUUUUUGGAAAUGGAACUGAAUCUUCUCAGGCACUGCCUCAUUCAGCAACAAGAGCAGCCAUGCUUGUUAGGAUCAACACCCUUCUCCAAGGAUAUUCCGGUAUCAGAUUCGAAAUCUUGGAGGCAAUUACCAAAUUCCUAAACAGCAACAUCACUCCAUGCUUACCCCUCCGUGGAACAAUCAGUUCAUCUGGUGAUCUUGUCCCUUUAUCCUACAUUGCCGGACUACUUACCGGCCGCCACAAUUCCAAGGUCGUAGGGCCCACUGGAGAAUCCUUGACGGCUGAGGAGGCCUUCAAGCUUGCCGGUGUCAAUGGAGGCUUUUUUGAGUUGCAGCCUAAGGAAGGCCUUGCACUUGUCAAUGGUACAGCAGUUGGCUCUGGAUUAGCUUCAAUCGUUCUCUUUGAUGCCAACGUUCUUACUGUGUUGUCUGAAGUCCUAUCAGCAAUUUUCGCUGAAGUGAUGAAUGGGAAACCUGAAUUUACCGAUCAUUUGACGCACAAGUUGAAGCACCAUCCUGGCCAAAUUGAGGCUGCUGCUGUGAUGGAAUACAUUUUGGAUGGAAGCGCCUAUGUGAAGGCUGCUCAAAAACUUCACGAAAUGGAUCCUCUGCAGAAACCAAAACAGGAUCGAUAUGCUCUACGAACAUCACCCCAGUGGCUUGGCCCACAAAUUGAAGUGAUUCGUUCUGCAACUAAAAUGAUCGAGAGGGAAAUCAAUUCGGUAAAUGAUAAUCCCUUGAUCGAUGUUUCAAGGAACAAGGCGUUGCACGGUGGUAACUUCCAAGGGACGCCAAUUGGAGUAUCCAUGGACAAUACUAGAUUAGCCAUUGCAUCAAUUGGGAAACUGAUGUUCGCUCAAUAUUCUGAACUUGUCAAUGAUUUCUACAACAAUGGAUUGCCAUCUAACCUUUCUGGAGGUAGAAAUCCUAGUUUGGACUAUGGUUUCAAGGGGGCUGAAAUUGCAAUGGCUUCUUACUGUUCAGAACUCCAAUUCUUGGCAAAUCCUGUCACCAAUCAUGUCCAAAGCGCUGAGCAACACAAUCAAGAUGUGAACUCGUUGGGUUUGAUUUCCUCCAGAAAAACAGCUGAGGCUAUCGAUAUAUUGAAGCUUAUGUCAUCCACAUUUCUAAUUGCACUGUGCCAAGCAAUUGAUUUGAGGCACUUGGAAGAGAAUUUGAGGAAUGCUGUGAAGAAUACGGUCAGCCUAGUUGCUAAGAAAACUCUAACAGUCGGUGUUAAUGGAGAGCUUCAUCCAUCAAGAUUCUGUGAGAAGGAUUUGCUUCGUGUGGUUGAUCGCGAAUAUGUUUUUGCAUACAUUGAUGAUCCCUGCAGCGCAACCUACCCAUUGAUGCAAAAACUCAGACAAGUCCUUGUUGAGCACGCGUUGAAAAAUGGUGAAACUGAGAAGGAAGCCAACACAUCCAUCUUCCAAAAGAUUGGUGCAUUCGAAGAUGAAUUAAUCGCAAAUUUGCCUAAAGAAGUUGAGAGUGCAAGAAUUGCCCUUGAGAGUGGAAAUCCCGCUAUUCCCAACAAGAUUAAUGAAUGCCGAUCCUAUCCAUUGUACAAGUUUGUAAGGGAAGAACUGGGAACUGAGUUGCUGACCGGAGAGAAGGUUAGGUCACCAGGCGAGGAGUGUGACAAGGUGUUCACGGCUAUGAGCAAAGGACUGAUCAUUGAUCCAUUGCUGGAAUGCCUCAAUGGUUGGAAUGGCGAACCUCUUCCAAUUUGCUAGUUCAUACUUUUUUUAUUUUUAUUUUUGUUUUUUUGUGGUUUUCUACUUAUCUAUACAUUCUUGUUUUAUAUUCCCGUUCCUAGGAUUGUUCUGUAACAAAACUUUGGGACUAAAACUUCCUAUUCCCAUGCAUUGGUUUGUGAACAAAAUGAUGCUGAUGAAUCUUAGACUCCAUGUUCAUUUUUUUUA